AUGGCUGAAUUCGUAAAGUUGUCAAUCUUUGGAACUGUCUUUGAAGUGACAACGAGAUAUGUUGAUUUACAACCAGUUGGCAUGGGUGCUUUUGGUCUUGUUUGCUCUGCCAAAGAUCAAUUGACUGGAAUGAACGUGGCAAUUAAGAAGAUUAUGAAACCUUUUUCUGCACCUGUCUUGGCAAAGAGAACGUACCGUGAGUUGAAGUUGUUGAAGGCUCUUCGUCAUGAAAAUAUCAUUAGUUUAAGUGAUAUCUUUAUUUCACCUUUGGAAGACAUUUAUUUCGUUACAGAACUAUUAGGAACAGACCUACAUCGUUUAUUACAAUCACGCCCCUUAGAAAAGCAGUUUAUUCAAUACUUUCUUUAUCAAAUUCUGAGAGGUUUGAAAUAUGUUCACUCUGCUGGAGUAAUUCAUAGAGACUUGAAACCAAGCAAUAUUUUGAUCAACGAAAACUGUGAUCUCAAGAUUUGUGAUUUCGGUUUGGCGCGUAUUCAAGACCCACAGAUGACAGGUUAUGUCUCUACCAGAUAUUAUCGUGCACCAGAAAUCAUGUUGACUUGGCAAAAGUACGAUGUUGCUGUCGACAUUUGGAGUGCUGGCUGUAUCUUUGCUGAAAUGCUGGAAGGAAAGCCAUUGUUCCCCGGAAAAGAUCACGUUCACCAGUUCACAAUCAUUACCGAGCUUUUGGGUACACCACCUGAUGAUGUGAUUGCAACUAUUUGCAGUGAAAAUACACUUCGAUUCGUAAAGAAUUUACCAAAGCGUGAUCCAGUUCCUUUCUCGCAGAGAUUUGUUGGUCAAGAUCCUCAAGCUAUUGACUUGCUGGAAAAGAUGCUCACUUUUGAUCCUGCCAAGCGUAUUACAGCAGAAGAGGCAUUAUCUCAUCCUUACCUCGCUCCUUAUCAUGACCCUACAGAUGAACCUGUGUCCCCCGAAAAGUUUGAUUGGUCAUUCAACGAAGCUGAUUUACCUAUUGAUACAUGGAAAGUUAUGAUGUACUCUGAAAUCUUGGACUUCCAUAAUGUGGAUAACAUAGAUGGAACCCAAUUCUUGGGAACGCCUUUGACAGGUCCAACUAUGGAAAACCCUGAUGGUAACAUUGAUACCUCUACAUUUCAACAACCUUCUCAGCAAUAA